GGUCGUAAAUCCGCCAUGUUUGCCACCCCGCGGCAGCGUUGCGACACAGACGGAGAGUCGGAGACCUUGAACGACAUGAAUGUCGAAAAGAAUCUUACGGCACAUGAGCAGCGGCAACACGCGGAGGACGGCAGCGGAACUAUCACCAUACACACCAACCUCGGAGACGAAGAUGAGGAUGUGCACAAAUGUGGACGCUGUCAGAACGAGUUUUCCACCUUGGAGGCUUUUAUUCAACACAAGCUGCGUCACAGCUGCAGACGAGAGUCGAGCAGUCAAAGUGAAGAGCAAAUGGUUGAGGCUUCCAAUGGAAGCACCCAAGCGGUGCAAGAAGCUGCCUCAAGUGAGCCAGAGAGCACCAACAUUAAAAACACAAAUGCAAGCACUGCUGCGUUGGGACGAGGCUGCAGGAAGAAAAGCACAUCUCUGAAAGUGUCCAAACAGUCCGAGACGCCUGAAGUGUCCGUUUCUGACAACGCCGAGAGCGACAAGCCCGUUUACAAAAUCAACGUAGACGGGCGGUACCUUUGUCAGCUCUGUGACAAGACCUUUAAAACGAGCAACAUCUUGAAAACUCACAUGAAGACUCACAGCGAUCAAAAGAAUUUUGCGUGUGACCUAUGCGACACAUCCUUCCGCACUAAAGGCUCCUUGAUUCGUCAUAACCGGCGUCACUCUGAUGAGCGGCCGUACCACUGCAUGCUGUGCGGCCAGUCGUUCAGAGAGUCGGGAGCCCUCACCAGACACCUCAAGUCCCUCACACCGUGCAUUGAGAAGAUCCGCUUUUCUCAGUGCAAGGAGAUUCUGGUGAGCAAGGAUGGAAUGAAGAAAGGGUUUUUUGGACCAGAUUGUUUUGCUGAGACCGGUCAGCAGGAGGUGGUGGAGGACCAGCCGGCAGAGGAGCAGGUGGUGGAGGCGCAAACAGCCGUCAUCAGUUUGGUGGAGGCGGGCUCCCAAGAGGUCAUCCACCAGGUCCACUUCACCAUGGAGGUGGACGGCACCACACAGGAGCAACAGGUCAUUGUGGACCAGUCUCAGGCAGAAGCCCUCGCCGCCGCCGCCGGCGAUAACCUCAUCUGUCAGGCCAUCCUCAACUCCGGCAUUGCGCUGAGGACAGAGGAAGGCGUGCACGCUUCGCAGGCCACGGAUGAACUGGAGAAAAUGGUCAUCCAGUGUCCUGGCGCUGAUGGCACGGAGGUCCAAGUUAAAGAGGAGUUAGUGGAAGUGGUGGCACGGGAAGCGGGGCAGACUGCCUCCAAAUUGUACACAUGUCCACACUGUAAUCGCUCUUUUAAGGGUUUGAACUACUUCCGCUUCCAUGUCAAAGGCCAUUCGGGUUAUAAACCCUUUAGGUGCACCCUGUGCCAGCGGGACUUCCUGAGUGGGUACCUGCUGAAGAAGCACAUGGACGUCCACGUUAGCGAGAGGCGCUACAAGUGCGGCGAGUGCGGCAAGCUGUACAAAACCCGCGGACACGUGCAGGAACACAUGAGGGCCCACUCCAAUGAACGACCCCACACCUGUGCCAGAUGCAAGAAAGCCUACAAGACCAAGAACGCUCUGCAGGUGCAUCAGCGGACCCACGGCGAGGAGAAGCCGUACGUGUGUCAGUUCUGCUUCCGAGGCUUCCGAGAGAAAGGCUCGUUGGUCCGACACACUCGCCACCACACUGGCGAAAAGCCUUUCAAGUGCCCAAAGUGCGGUCGGGGCUUCGCCGAGCACGGGACUCUGAAUCGCCACGUACGCGCUAAAGGGGGGUGCCACAAGGAUGAAUCCGGCAAACAGCAGCAGCAGCGGGAAGAGGAGUUGGUGGUCACAGAGGAACAGGUUUCCGGGGAGAACCUCGCCACAACGGCAAUCAUCACAGAAGACCCUCACGCGUUGCUGGUGGAGUUCUCCUCCGUGGUGGCCGACACGCAGGAGUACAUCAUCAAGACGCAAACCGAUGAGGAAGUGCAUGAAGAACAGGUUACGCUCAUUCAGGACAGCCAAAAUGAGAUGGGAAAGCAGAUCGUGAAGGUGGUGCAGCAAAUCGUCAGCCAGUCGCACAGCGCGGGCAGCACGGGCAGCCACCAGAUCAUCCUCCGCAACGUCAGCGGGGGUGAGGAGGGCGCGUCCAUCGUAGACUGCGGAGACACCAUCACCAUCGCCACGCCCGAGAGCCUGACGGAGCAGGUGGCCAUGACGCUGGCCUCGGCCAUCAGCGACGGCACGCUGCUGGCCGACGCCGUCAAGACCGCGCAGGGGACGGUCGCUAUGGUGACCAUGGAGGAGGCGGUCGAGGAGGGAAUCCAGCUGGUGGAGCAGCAGCAGGAGGAGGAGGAGGAAUAUGAUGUGAUCACCACGCCCCAAGAGGUGGAGAUUCAUACUGUCAUUGUGUGAUCGAAGAGGAGCAGCAUUGGACCGACUCCACAAGCAAAACUAAGGUCAAAGCGGUUAAAGCUGCAAAAACUUCUUUGUUCAUUUGUACACCGAAUGAAUUCCCAUCACAGGGCAGUGGAAUACCCGUGAUGGGUUUCGUGCCAAAGUGGUGCAACUAAACUUUUGAUUUUUUUUAAAAAUUUUUUUUUUAAAGUCCUCUAAAAGAAAAUCCGCAGUUAUUUACCAUGUUUUUGAUGUCACCUGCUAGCCUUGUUCCUUCUCUGCAGUCCAAAACAUCUUUGAGUCCUGCUGCGCGGUAACCAAAUCUUUUCUUCCCUUUGCAGUCCCAGUUUUCAC